GAACAGAAGCACUUUUGUGAGAACAUCCUCUGGAAUAUGGCUGCCUUGUCGUCAACUUCAGCAUGCAGGCAAUGCCUUGCGCGUAUCGCUCUGCCGCGGUUAAGACCGUCAACCCGUCUCUUCUCAGUAUCCACAUCGGCACAACCGGCCUUGUCGUCGUCAAAGAGAAUCUCAAGAAGCAGAAGGCGCCUGUCGACAUCUGCCCCCAAACCUCAGAUCGCCCAAUUGUCCCGUGAAUCACCUGCAAUCCAACACAGUCCCGAAGACGUCGCCGGCGACCGCAGCCGUGAACUUCUCCAACCCGGAAACCUGUUCCACUCGUUCAGCGACUCGCCGUCACCUGUCAUCCGCAAGCGCGCCGCCUUCAUCAAGCAAAAUGCAUACUGCCCGCAUCCGGACCACUCAGCAACCCGUCAGCCUACCAGUCCUGAUGACAUCGAGGUCCGAAAGACAGGCACUAUGCCUCCAGCACAUGUCCGCUACGAAUGUCCCGACUGUGGUGUUCCCGUAGCAUGCUGUGAAGAGCACUUGGCCGACGACUACGAGGCCCACUUGGCCAUCUGCGAUACCCUGCGCGAGAUCAACGAGGAUGACCACGACCUCGUCUCUGGCCGCUUCUUCCCCGAGUUCGAAUACCCCGGCCCGCAGAUCGAUGAGGCUCAGGUCAACUUGACCAACUGGGACACCAUGCUGUACUCGCGCGAGUUCAACGCCAUCAACGACGAGCGCAGUCUCCGCCAGGCUACUCGUCUCCUCACAUACCCUGCCACGGUCGGCAGUAUCCUCCACGAAUUGAGUCCCUACAACGUGCGGAACCGCCUCACACCCGAGGGUCUCAAGAGUUUCACUGCCCUCCAAUAUACAUUGCACCCUCCUCGCUCGGGUGCUGGCGACGGAAUCAAGGGCCUUCGUCCCACCGCUCCUCCCGUUCGCCUCUUCUGUAUUGGCGCUCGCGCCGAGUCGUCGCUGCCACGCGAGGUAUGGCAGCAACUAGCUUGGCUGUUCCCCCGCUCAACCUUCCACCUGAUCUUCAUCGGUCCAGAAAGCAUGGCUAACCGAGACGAUGAAUAUCCUCUUCCUCCCCGCACUCCUCAGAAUCCCUUUGGCGCUAUUGUUGAAGACCGCAUUAGCCACCAGCUUAAGGUCACCACUUACGUCGAGUACUUUCACACCUUGCACAACGCCCAGGCCUUUUACCCAUAUGAUCCAUACUUCGACGCCUUUGUUCUCUUCCACCCCGGUCUAGGCCACCCCGCAAGCUCUCAUGAAUGGCAAGACACUAUCCGUCCACUAUUGGACACUAAAGUGCCCAUCAUUGCCACCGGCUACACUGACUACGACAUGAAGCGUGAUAUUGACUGGGUACGCGAUACCGUCGGCGACGAGAUGGAUAUCCUGCUCGAGCCAGGCGAGAACCGUUUCCGCAGUCUACGCUGGGAUCUCAACGACCUCGACCCUCAGGACGUCAGCGCUGGAAACUGGGGUGUUUGGGCCUUCAGGGGCAAGAGAUACGAGACUCAAAUGCGUGACUCGUAAGCUAUGCGAAAUUGAAUGUACAAACAUCACCUGUGUAUAUAGCUGUAUUUUUAUCUCGGUCGGGAAAACGAACCAAAACUCC